AUGCUGUGCAGUCGCCUGUUGCUUUCCGUCUACAUCCUCACUUUCCUGAUGGGGGUCCCUGCCAACAUCCUGGCAUUCUGUACCUUCUGCCACAAGGUGCACCGCAAGGCAACCCCCAUAGACAUACUCCUCCUUAACCUCACCAUCUCCGACCUCAUCUUCCUGGCUUUCCUGCCAUUUAAAAUGAAGGAGGCCUCAGACGACAUGGCCUGGAUGCUGCCCUUUCCCCUGUGCCCCUUCACUGGUUUCCUGUUCUACGUCACCAUCUACAACAGCACGCUGCUCCUCACGGCCGUGAGUGUGGAGCGAUACCUGGGGGUCGCCUACCCCCUCAGGUACGCGCUGUGUCGCAGGCCCCGCUACGCCGUGCUGGCCAGCGUCCUGUUCUGGCUGGUGACCUCUCUGAACCUCAGCAUCGUCUACAUCAUACCGUACUCCCAGUGGAGCAAAGGGGCGGACGGUGACAACAGCAACGGCAGCACCGCCAGCGGCCCCGCUCCGCCUCCACCCACCUGCUACCUGAAUUUCACCGAGGAAGAGCUCCGAAUCGUGCUGCCGGUCCGCCUGGAGCUCUUCCUCGUCCUCUUCUGCAUCCCCUUCUUCAUCUGCUGCUUUUGCUACGUCAACUUCAUCCUCAUCCUCUCUCGCCUUCCAAACAUCGGCAGGCGGCGGAGGCUGCGGGCCAUAGGCCUGGCGCUUGGCACGCUGAUUGUAUUCGCCGUCUGUUUUGUGCCGUACAACGCCUCCCACGUGGUGGGCUUUGUCCGUAAGGAGAGCGAGGAGUGGAGGAACGUGGCCUUGCUCUCCAGCACCUUCAACGCCUGCCUGGAUCCAUUCAUCUUCUACUUCUCCUCAGCAGCGGUCAGGAGCAUGCUAAAUCACUGCUUCAGGGGCAUCGUGGCAAAGCUGCACAUUCUGAGGUGUGGAGGGGCUCCUCGCUGUCCUCGGCGGAGACCCCCCGAGACUGAAAAGUACAAGGAGCCAGCCCCUCGUUGA